AUGUCCACCCGACGCUCACACCCCAAAUCACGCAAAGGAUGCAUCACUUGCAAGAACCGGCACGUCAAGUGCGACGAACAGGGGCCACCGUGCGGACGGUGCCAGGCCCGAGGAACCAAAUGCCAAUACGCGAGCUCCAGUAAUCAGCAAGCUGACUCUCCCGCCACGGCGAUCACACGGAGCACCACCGAGCCAAGUAUAGCCAGCACGGCUGAUUCCAAUAAGAGAAACGCGGUGGUAUUUCCCGCUACCCGCCACCUCCUGGAGCUGCAACUGAUGCACCGCUGGUCCGCAUUGACGUACAAGAGCUGCCUUACCCCUGGCUCCGAUGAUGAUGAUGUAUGGCAAUUCAUGGUCCCUGGACUAGCCAUACAACAUGACUUCCUACUGUACGGGAUAUUUGCUCUCUCUGCAUUCGAGACGGCGAGGACGUCCAAGACUCCUGAUGCCCAGAUGUAUGUCAAUGCAGCCGUCGAGUAUCACGGUCUAGCACUCAGCCGGUUUCAAUCGCAACUGCCAUCUGUCAAUGCCAAAACUCACGAGGCUGCGCUUUGCAUGUCACUCAUGCUCCUAUGUCUGGCUCUUGCAUCCGCGCAGGCAUCACCCAUUAAGGGCGAGAAAGGGCGCAUGGUAGAGGCUGUUGUAUCCCACUUUGGACUCCUGCGCGGCUGUAUACCAAUUCUCAAUAUCGAUCCAGGAUAUGCUUCGAGGAAUGUGCACAUUCAGAAGUUGACACUCUUUGAGGAUCUACCUCGUAUUCCGAUGAGCCCCGAGCUAGAAGCAAAUCUGUCAAGGCUGAACGACCUGAAUGACAAGAGAAUCACAACGACAGUACGGGAUUCGGAUGAGCGAAGAGUGCAGCAAGUCGCCUACUGGGAUUCGUGCAAGAAGGCCCUGGCUAUCCUCCGAGAAUGCUACGAGAAAUGCGUGGACGAUCUAUCGAAGGGUUACGCUCUCGGCUGGCCAAAUCUAGCAGGCGAAGAGUAUAUGCGGGCUAUCGAAGAGAAGGACUGUGUUGCUUUUGCCAUCCUCAUGUUUUGGGGAGUGUUGGCACAUAAACUUGGGCAUCAGGUCUGGUGGGCGGAGGAUUUCGGGAGCUUAUUAGUUGCAGAAGUGGCACAAACUCUCGUGAUGUCUGAGGAUGGCGCGGAGUAUAAGGAUGUCAUUGAGUGCGCACAAUUCCUUGUUAAGGGAUGA